CUCACUUGUGUUUUCCUCAAGCACUGCGGACAGAAAAAGCUGUGCGCGGAGCUUUAUGAGACACGGCACAAGGAGGAUGCUGACUGCCGAGGUUCGGGAAACGACCGCCACUCUCCCGGUCCCUCGGGGCUGAUUUUCGGUCAAAUACAUUUAAUGGGCGUUUGUAACGCCGUCUCCGGUGAUUUCCGUGGAUACCUGCUUGGAUAUUGUGUAAGGCGCCAGGAUGAAGAGGAUGAACCCGCGCUGGAAGUCGCCAUCCAUGUGGCCGUCUGGAGUGGGCAGCAGGCAGCCCUGUCCCCGUGAAUCGGCUCUGCGCAGAGCAGCCAUCAGUGGCAACGUCCUUGCGCUCCCACCGUUCCACGUCCCCACGGGCAGGAGCGUCCGGGUCUUCAUCUGCUCAAACCCUGACGACACAGAAGCGGAGAGAAAUGCUCUAAAAGAACAUGUCUAUCCCAAACUACGAGACUUCUGCAGGGAGAACUAUGGCAUUGAGUUCCAGGUGGUGGACCUGUACUGGGGGAUUGAUCCAGAGGAGUGGGACAGUCCAGAGCUGCAGAGACUACGGAUGAAACUUCUGGAAGAAUGUCUGAAGACUUCAGCCGGUCCAUGCUUUGUUGGGCUCAUUGGAGAGAAGUACGGCAGCAUCCGGGUCCCAGGGGAGGUGGAGUCAGCUGAGUUUGAGAUGAUCUUGGAUGCGGCGGUGGAGGCGGGACUAGACACACGGAUCCUGGAGGAGUGGUAUUGCCGGGAUGAGAACUCAGUCCCACCUGCCUACUACCUAAAACCCAAAGCUGAGAUGCUAAAGAACUACCAGAACUCCAUGGAGUCAAGCAGCGUAGCAAAGUCAAAGAACGACAAGGCAUGGAGGGCAGUCUCAGAGGAAAUCAAGAGAAUCUUCCGAACCUCUGUUUUACAGCUGCAGGAGAAGGGAACCAUGAAGAGCGGUCAAGACAAGAAAUUUCUCUGCUCGGCAUUAGAGGAUGAACUGGAUUUUGCAUUGGGCAAGCAAACCCCAGCCUUUCUGAAGAAAUGCGUAUGUUACAUACGGAAAAUCUCCAACUUUGACCGUUUUGCUAAGCUCCCCGAAAUGGCACGUUACAUGGACAUCGUGGUGAGUGCUGACCGCGUCAUGAGAAACCAGGAAGCCUACGAACGUCUACUAAAGGUUCGAGAUGAGUUCAUUCCAAUGAUAGUGGCAGCAUCCAAUCUUCGAGUCUACUCGUCGGUCACUCACUGUGACAUGAAAUUUGGCUACUCACAAGAAGUCGAGAGCCACUAUGUCGAGGGCCUGUGUAAACAGUUUUAUGAAGACAUGGUGGACAUCAUUCAGGCCACUGUCCAACAGAACUUUGACACAGAGACAGAUACUCUUUACGACGAGAUUGUACAGCAUCUGUCACUGUGCAAGACCUUUUCAUCUUUUUAUGUAUAUAAGAGUGAAGCCUUGGACAUCAUCCAGGAAUACCUGUACCCCAAUAAAGGUGGACGGAUAACUCCGCUGGUGGUUUAUGGAGGACCCUGCACUGGAAAGACCUUGUUACUUGCUGAGGUUGCAAAACAGGCCUAUUCGUGGCUCCAGAAAGAGAUGGGACCAGAAACAGACCCAGUGGUCAUUGUCAGAUUCAUUGGCUCCACUGACUUCUCCACUGACCUCCGCACCCUGCUACAGAGCAUCUGUGAACAGAUCGCUAUCAACUACCGGUGCCUGAUCCAUUUCUUGCCAAACAAGAUUCAGGAGAUGAGGGAACUGCUGGUUAAUUUACUAGGGGAGUCAUCAUUCCACCGACCUCUAGUCAUCAUUCUGGAUGCCUUGGAGCAGUUGUCUGAUGGUGAUGAGGCUCGAAAGCUAUGGUGGCUGCCUGUCCACCUGCCACGUACGGUCCGCAUUGUAGUGUCCACCCUGCCCAACAAGCAUGGGAUACUGCAGAAACUACGCUGCCUGAUACAUGACGAAGACAGUUAUGUUGAACUAAUGCAAAGAGAUCGCAAAGCUUGCAGUCAGACGCUUAAACAGCAGCUACUGAGUGUCAAAAGGAAGGUGACCUCUGGUCAACAGAUAUAUGUGAAUGAGGCAAUGGCAAAGUGCACACUGCCCAUGUUUGUCAACCUCAUCUACCGAGAGGUAGUUCACUGGCGAUCACACAAGGACGUGGAUGACAAAUCAUUGUGUUCUACAGUGCACGAAAGCAUUGAGCAGCUUUUCUACUCCAUCGAGAAAAAGCUUGGUUCACGCUUUGUCUUUCGGGCACUGGGCUACAUCACUAUGGCACGGGCAGGGCUGACAGAGUUGGAGCUGGAAGACAUCUUGUCUUUGGAUAACAGUGUCCUUGGGGACAUCAUGGUGAGCUCUAAUCUUAAAAAUCCACUGCGUAUUUCUUACGAUUUCAUAGCCCGACUAAAGGAGGAGCUUGAAGGUUACCUUGUGGAGCGUCAAGUCCGUAAUGUCACACUAAUGGUUUGGGCGAAUCGCCAUCUGCAUCUCAUAGCGCAAAAGCUAUACCUCAGCAAUGAAGAAGAUGUACAUCAAAUGCAUAGUCUUUUGGCUGAGUACUUCCUUGGGGCGUGGGCAAGUGGUAGAAAGAAGAUAUUCCACUGCGACAAUAACCACUUUGCCUCACUGAAUAUCUCCCAACAUCAAAACCCUCACCACCAGCAGAGCCUUCAUGGCCAUGACAAAGCUUCUGCUGACAAGCACUCAUAUGACAGGCAGACACCUGAACAACCCUGGGUGUUCCAGUGUAACUUGCUGGAACCAGACAUCUUUUUUGUCAACCACAGAAAAAUGACAGAGCUAACAUUCCACUUGACAAGAAGUGGCCGCACAGAUGAUCUCAUGUAUGGUGUCAUAAUGAACUUCAGUUGGCUCUACACAAUGAUAAAGAUAGGGCAGUUUGACAAGGCCUUGACGGACAUUGACCUAGCUUACAGUUGCACACAAGAAAAGGAGCUGAAGUUUCUUGCAAAUACGCUUCGUAGUAUAAAGCUCAAAGUGACCAAGAACCCUGCGUCACUCUCUGCUGAGCUACAACAAAGACUCCUUCCUGUAGUCACAUCACUUCCUAAGCUCAGACACCUUCUUCUUGAGUGUGACAAGGAUGGUCCAAAAUACUGCUCCAUCGUGCCACUGCACUCUUCUAUGGAUGUCACAUACAGUCCUGAAAGAUUACCACUUAGUUCAAGCUACAUGCAAAUAGUGGAGAUUCUACCUACCUUAGCACCAAACAUAGUUAUUGUUGCACUUGAAGACGGUUCUGUCAGCACAUGGGAUGUUGAGAGUAGACAGCUGCUCAGACAAAUAGACACAGCAAGGUCAGUUGUUCUUGGUAUCCGCCUAACCACAGAUGAGAAGUAUCUAGUAGUGGCCACUACAAAAAAUACACUGCUUAUUUAUGAUAAUCACAAGUCCUGCUUGUUGUCCGAGGUGGACGUUAAAGGAUCCAAGCACUGUGGUAUCACUGGUGGAGUUGCAUUUAUCAAUGGAUUCACCUUGUCCAGCCAUCAUGCCUUGGCCUGGCUGGAGGCAAGCAAAGACAUCAAUGUGAUCGAUUUACUUUACGGCUGGCCGUUGUAUCAGUUCCAUUGCUGGUAUGAGGUAACCUGUGUUCAGUGCUCCCCAGACGGAAUGUAUGCUUUCUGUGGACAAUAUCUUAACACUACCACCAUUUUCCAUCUUGGUAGCGGGGACAAGCUUUCCACAAUGACUUCGGAAUUCUCUGGUGGCUUUGUUAAGUCCAUUCUGAUUCUAGACACAAUCCAUCAAAUGGUUAUGAUUGACAAUGAAGGCAGUCUCUCUGUGUGGAACACCAAAGACAUCACAAACCCGAAGCUAAUGGAGGAUUACGACUGCAGAGGAGAUGAGAGCGAGGUGGUAAGCAUAGAGCUCUCUGAGGAUCAGCGAUCCAUCCUCAUUUGCAAAGCGAGUAGCAUUGAGGUGCUGGACACCAAGAUUUGGAAGAUGGCAGAGAAGUUCAAGGCCAAGCGUAGUGAGAAGUUUGUAGCAGCCGUUCUCUCGAAGAAUAGUCAAAGUAUCAUAGCCUCAAUGGAGAACACUUCCUCCAUAUUUGUGUGGAGGAGGGACAGUGGACAGUGCAUGGCCAGCUUGAUAGAGAUAUCUGGAGCCAUUGUGAAGCUGAUCAAAUCAACACAUCAUAACUUGCUUCUGUCAGUGGCCAGCAGUGGUGUGCUUUCUGUGUGGGACAUUGACAUCAUAACUGCUAUGUCGAACAUAGAUAAAACAGGGAAACCAAUCCAAAGCCUGCAGCUCUCAGGCAGGGAGGACUUUGUGUACACUAUGGAUGGAUCAGAGGUCAUCCACAAGUGGAACUAUAGCACAGGUUUCAUUGAGAUGGUCUUCAAGCAUGAAGGGCUCGUGGAGAACUGGGUUCUGACAACAUCAGGUGACCUCAUGGUGACAUCUGACGAUAAAAACAGUCAGUACAUAUGGCACACAACCACUGGUGAGAAUACAUUACGUAUCAAUGGCCAAAGGAUUUCACAGCUUCUCAUCACACACAAUGACCAAUUUGUAGUGUCCCUCUGCGAACAGAAUGCCUCUCGCGUUUGGAGGCUUGCGACGGGUCACAAGGUGUGUAACAUUCUGGUAACCCUCCAACAUGCUCUCAUUACCACAGCAAACACAUUCCUUGUUGGCACCAACAAGAACAAAUUAUUGGCCGUUAGCUUGUGGUCGGGCAGCGUAUCUAAAAAGUUCAUCUGUGAUGAUGGGAUCACAAUCGUUAACUUCAAGUUAAUCCCUGACAGUCCAGAUUAUGUGGUCUUUAUCACCUCCACAGAGACAGUUUUCAUCUGGAGUGUCGCUGAUGAGUCUGUGUGUAGGCGAGUGCAGCUGCCCAGCAACUUUUUGAAGAACCUGGAGGAUUUCCAAAUAUCACCAAAUGGGAAAUUGGGGAUCGUGUCAAAGGGUGACGAGAACAUCAAUGUCCUAGACCUCCACAGUGGUAAACUGCGACUGGUCCAUGCUGCUGGCAUCAUAUGGCGGCAAAAGCUCUCACGGGACGGACGCUACUUAGUCUACAUCUGUUUCCAAAAUUGUGAUGAGGAUGAUGAGGCAGGUGUUGUUUCAAGUCUGAUUGUCAUGAGAUUGGCAGAUGGUAAAAGCAUUGGCACCUGUUCCCUCUACAAAACGCCAACUUAUUUGUGCCUAUCACAGCGAGCACUUAACAUCAUUGUGGGUUUUGAGGAUGGCAGCAUUGGUACCUACACAGUAGUAGACCGUGUUGAUGCAGCUCUUAAAAUCAAGAUUGCCACCUCAAACAGCCGCCAAAUCGUUAACAAUGCUUCACAGAAAGUACGACCCAAGUGUAGCACCAAUGCCUUCAAGACCAUUGCUGACUGUGUGUGGAGAGAAUCCACUGAGGUCUUCUCUCGGGAUAGUCCUAUCAAUGUGUCUGACAGUGGAGAGCCAGAAACCAUGACGCCCACAAAGAAAACUGAACUGCUGCAAUAACAGUGCUCUCUUUUGGACAUUAAGGGCAUGGCGGAUCAAGGUAAGGUUUGGCUAGAAGUGAUUAUUGUUUACAGCAACUUUGAUUCAGCUGCACAGAUCAGUCCUCUAGGUAACACACAGCAAAAGGCUAAUUGCUCUUAAGCUGCACUUAAGCUGCAAUCACCUUGUUUUCUCUUAUCCCCAUCAUCAACUUACUCUUAAAGUGAUAGUUCACUCAAAAAUGAAACAAACAAAAAUACGUAUGACUUUCUUCCAUGGAACACAAAAAGGAGAUGUUUGGAAGGACUUUAGUCUUAGUCUAAGUGAAUGGUGACUGAGACUAAAAUUCUGCCUAACAUCUUUGUGUUCCAAGGAAGAAAGUACUCACAUGUGGGUGAGUAAAUGGUGAGAAAAUGCAUUUAUGGGUAAACUGUCCCUUUAAAUGUGUAAGCUGAAUUCAGUAUCAUUUCAAGGAACAAAUUCAUUCAAAUAUAAAUGUUAUUCAUUGCAAAAGCCAGUCCAGUGGGCUUUACAAUAUGUUCCUCCUUAAUAUGUGUAUGUAUGCCAAUGUGGCCAUAAAGUUAAGAUUUUCUGUGAGUUUUUGUCAAAUCAAGCCAUAAUGUCACUUUAUACAGAAGCAUAGAGACAUGUAAUAUAUUUGUAGCCAUAUAAGAGUUGCUGCCAUAUCUGCUUUUUCUAAAUGCUCAUUUGUGUCUAUUUCUUAAUGUCCUCUGGUAGUGUACUUAAAAGGAAACCUAUGUACAUAUGUGUACAUAUGUACUUUGGCUGCUGCAGUUUGUGCAACUACUUAAAAUGUUAUGUUGUGCUAAAUGCAAUCAAAGUGAGUGCCUGGAUUUUAACGUUUUUUUUCUUACAGAAACUGAUGAAGACUAAUUUGCAGGGAAUUUCUAAACAAAAAUACCUUGAUACAAAUAUUCAUCAUUAUGAUAAACAUGAUCAGCAUACAAUGAAUAAUUUGGUUUAUUUGGAAAUAAUUGUUCACAAUUACAUCAAAAAGAGGAUUAUUGAAAAGUGUUUUAUAUAUAUAUAUUCGGGUAUGCAGAGUAUAAUCUGGAGUCAUAAAGAGCUUUUCAGUAAAUUCUAUCUGUGGCAUUUGCUCUAAAUGCCAAACAUAUGAGAGCCAGUAUUAAAUCCAUCCUCAUAUCUAAUGCCACUUAUUAUUGUCACUCUAGCUCUCUGAUCAAUCAUUUAUAUCAUUUACACAAAUACAGUACUGUGCAUAAGUUUUAGGAAAAAUGUUGUAUAGUGAGGAUGUUUUCAAAAAUUACAAAAUGAAUCAUCUUUAUUUAUCAGUUAACUUCAUACAAAGUGCAGUAAUACAAAAAAACUAAAUCAAUAUUUGGUGUGAUGACGCUAUGCCUUUAAAACAGCACCAGUUUUCCUAGGUACACUUGCGCGCAAUUUUUAAAGGUUGUUGACAGAUAGGUUGUUCCAAGCAUCUUGGAGAACUUGCCACAGUUCUAUGUAUUUAGGCUGUCGCAAUUGCUUCUGUCUCUUCAUGUAAUCCCAGACUGACACAAUGAUGUUAAGAUCCGGGCUCUGUGGGGGCCAUACCAUCUGUUGCAGGACUCCUUGUUCUACUUCUAUUCAAUUCUGUUUGCAAACGGAAUGUUUGGAAAUCUUAAAUAUUUCCUAUUGAAACAUUAAAGCAGAUGAUGUAUAAUAAUCAUCCUAAAACAAAUGUUUUUGUGAAACAUCGAAUGUGCCUUAGACUUUUGCACAGUACUAUAUAAUACAGUAUAUUUGGCCAUAGCAGUAAGUCGUUAAAUUAAACUGUUAUUUUAUUACCUGAGUGAAAGAAUUCGAAAUUGAUACUGUCUGAUACUGAGAAUGUCAUCUUCUGACUCCACUAAAUCCAAGAGAUUAAGACUAUGUAUGCAUUACUUUAAAGAACGUGUAAUUUAUUGUAUCAAAAUAAUGAUGGUACAGCAGUACCAAGCAACAAAUGUUGAGGAAAGAUUCAAGAUCUAAACCACUACUGAUGAUUUACGUGUAGCAUCUCGCCUGGAGUAUCUACGCCUUAAACAGUUGGGUCAUCUUAUCUUAUAGAAACAUGUAUUUGAAAUUGUUAGAUCAUGUUCUUUGUGAGGUAAAGAUUGAAUGUGUGCUAGAAAAAUAUUAUACUUUGUAUUGUCAUGUUAUAGAUGACUUAGAUAUAUUUACGAAUAGACUAUUUGUUAUCAUAAACAAGGUUGAUUUAUGAAUGGCUUAUACAGUAUAUUCUCAAAAAUGGUUGCCAAGGUAGUGUUGGGUGGUUGCACUUUAUUUUAAACGGGUUGUUCACCAAGGUUGACUUUGAAUAGGGGUGUCACAAAUGCUAACUAAACGAUUUUUGCCUUCAGUUAUGGGUAUUUUUGGCAUAUUGCAAAAGAAAGUAGUUUCAACAAAAUGAUCAGGCAUGUCCCAUUCAGACUAUUUUCUCCAUAACUAAAGGGCUAUUCCAUCAAAUUGUAUGUUUACCUCUGGAAAUACUGAAACAAAGGCCCAUUUACAACCUGUAGCAGUAUUUAGGGGUGAUAUUCUUCUCCCCUAAAGUGUUUUAAACCCAUAGAUAUCAUAUAUUUGCCAAAGUUUUAUUUAUUUUGCUCUUUAGGUUUGUUUUAUUUUUAGAACGUUACAUGGUGUUCCUUGUUACUUUUUCUGGAAUUUUCUGGCUUUAUUGUGUUUUUCAACUAUGAAAAAGAAAAUGCAUUAUCUUUGCUAAGAUAUCGAGGAAGUCCAUCUCUAUUAUAUUGGAAUGCCAGUUCUAGAGUAUAUUUGAAUGUGUCGAUAUGAGAGCAACUGAACAGUAUAUUAUAUGUUAUGUAACUUGAAUGACUUUUAAAAACAUACAUGUUUGCAAAACAUAGUUCACAUACUGGUAUUGAAUGUCUUUAUUGUAUUAUUUGUAUUGUCAAGAUUUAAAUCCCUGUUUAGAGAUUGAUAUAUUUUCAUAAAUGUUGUACUUACAUUUUGUUACAAAGUUAAGUAUUCUGAAAAAUAAAAUAAAAAUAAAAAUAACAGAAAAUGUGUCUGAAAGAUAUUUGACAGUGUGUAUGCAUUGUUUGUAUGGAACAUUUUAAUCUAAUAAAAUGGUUU